AUGGACACCAGCUGGUACACCAACGAUUUCGCUGGCUUGGGAGUAGCGCUGAAAAAGACGACCUCGUCGACGACCGUCAUUUCCAACCAUUCACUCCAUCCCGAUUACCCGACUGGAGCAAUUUCCAAUCAAACAUCGAAUGGAAAAACGACACCAAACGGAUCACCGAAUGGAUCACCGAGUCGAAACGGUUCACAGGGUGGAAGUCCUUCACAACCAGCUCUCUCAUUGCCCGUUCGCGGCAUUCUCAGCUCCCGACAAGCGCAUAAAUUGGGCUCAUCACCGAAACAGCUCUCCUUUGAUGUGCCGGCUUCACCAGCUCUCUCCGCCAAAUCCUCUCUCGUUUCCCAUUCAGCUUCUUCUAGCUUUAUGUUUGAUCAGAGAAAUCAUCGACAAUCGUUGCGAAGGAAAAGCUCACAUCGAUCACCACCAAGAGAUUACUGUAAUCACUAUGGAGUGAUCAGGGAUUCAAGGGAAUAUGUUUAUGAUCCAUAUGGAAGAGAUUGUGCUGGAUCAGUGCUGGGAUGUCGAGAUCCGAGUCGAUUCAGAUUAGCGACACUGAAUCAAAGAAGCAAUUCGGAAGCCUGUUUUCCCACAAAAAAUCUAUUAUCUGCUCAAAUGGCCUCUCCACAAAGGCGAUCAUCGAUGGCGAUUUUGCCAAGUCGUGAGGCGGCACUGAUGCGGAGAAUUCUUGGCCCACAAGGGCUUGGAUGGAUUGCCGGUGAGCAAUCAUCAAAGAAAUCGAUUUCACUCGUUUUGAGCAACGAUGUUGAGGCUCAAAAAGGAGACGACUCAGAGACGCCUUUAAUGAGAGAACACGAAAGUAAACAGGGCGGUCGACUCUUGCACAGAGAGCAAUACUACGAAAAAAGACGCCAAACUUGUGAUAGAGCGCUUGCUUUUGCGAUUGUUGGAAUUGUUUUGAUGAUUCUAGAGAGCGAGCUACGAGCGAAUGAUGUCAUCAAAAAGUCAAGCUCUCCUAGCAUCGCUCUCAAAUUGCUCAUUUUGUUGUCAACGUUCGCCUUGCUUACACAAGUUUUCUUCUUCUACUAUAUCAAAAUUAAGUUAUUCAUGAUCGCGAAUGCGGCCGAGGAUUGGCGAAUAGCGUUGACGCCAAAGCGAAUCUUUAUCAUCAGUGCAGAAGUGUUGGCUUGUUCGUUGUGUCCGGUGCCGAUCGAGGUCUGGCAAAGAGAGUUCAAAAGUGCACCGACUAAGCAAAAAGAGUCGUGGGCCACUUUGGAGGUAGCUCUCUCAUUGGGAAUGUUCUUUCGGUUGUACUGGUUGUGUCGAGUGAUGUUACUUCACUCUCGACUGUUCACUGAUGCGUCAAGCAGAUCAAUCGCCGGCCUCAAUCGGGUCAACACAAAUGCGCGCUUCAUCCUCAAAACUCUGAUGACACUAUGCCCAGGCACAGUACUUAUCGCUUUUACUGGAGCGCUUUGGAUCACCGCUGGAUGGAUUUUACGGUUCUGUGAAAGAAAUGAGAUCGAUUUUGAGAACGCUGGUGAGGCUUUAGAUGGAGAUUCGAAUCGAAACGGUCGACCUGUUCAAUAUUUGAAUUCUUUAUGGAUGAUUGCUGUCACGUUUCUCUCAGUUGGCUACGGUGACAUUGUUCCACACACUUAUUGCGGAAAAACGAUGGCGGUGAUCACUGGAAUCUUGGGCACGUGCACCUCGUCGAUGGUCGUUGCUGUGAUCGCUCGUAAACUGGAGCUAACAAGAGCUGAGAAACAUGUGCACAAUUUCAUGAUGGAAACACAAUUGACGAAAAGGUUGAAACACAGUGCGGCAAAUGUGCUUCGAGAGACAUGGUUGAUUUACAAAUAUCGCCGCCUCGUCGAGAAACCCGAUUCCGCUAGAAUUCGACUGCAUCAACGCAAAUUUUUGGUGGCUAUUUAUGACCUCCGAAAAGUGAAACGAGAUCAACGCAAGCUUCAGGAGAAUUUCGUCUCACUCGGUGAUGUGGCUAGGACAACAUCAAACACGUAUGAGCUCGUGCAAGACAGCCAUUCGACACAAGAGGGACUCUGCUUGAGGAUAACAGCGAUCGAACAUCAAUUGAGUGACAUCUCGAGAGAGCUCAGCGGUUUAGCGGAUCUUCUGCGCACAAGGCGUCGCUCUUAUGCAAGCGGAGACGAAACACCAAAUGAACCAGUAAGAAGACGACAUUUCGAA